AUGGCCGACGCCAACAAGCGCAUCAAUCUCACCGCGCCACUCCUCUCCGUCCGGCGCCACGGUGGCGGUGGCGCCGAGACCGCGGCCACGGGGUUGCCGUUGCCGGCCUACAAGGCGGACGCCACGUCGGAUCCCCCGGGCCACACCAGCGCGGUGCCAUUCGGGUGGGAGCACCGCCCCGGGCACCCCAAGAGCGUCCGCACCCGCCGGCCGCCUCCGCCUCCGCCGCCGCCGCCGGCCCCACCACCUCCCUUGACGAUCGUCGACGUCAUCAACAACGAUCCCUCGCGCGUGACGCGGGAUCCGACGGCGGUGGUCGUGGCCUCUGAGCGCGCGCGGCGGGGCGAGGAGCGGUGCUCGGACGCGCUCUCCCGCGACGACGUCAGCUGCGUCACCGUGAACUGCAGCGCGACCGGGCUCAGCGACGCCGCGGGGGCCAGGGCGGGGUCGGGGCCGUGCGCCCGUGGCAGCGGCAGCGUCAUGAUGGACCGGUUCCUGCCGGCCGCGCACGCCGUGGCCGCCGGCUCCCCGCAGAACACGUUCCGGAAGGCGGGGUCGGCCCGGGCGGCUGUGGUGCUAGGCGCGCACACGGCCGGCGGCGACAGGGUGCCGGCGCAAAGGCGGGUGCCCCUCCAGCACAUUGCGGCGUAUCACCUGCCGCCCCUCCCUCCCAGUGGCAAGAACGACGACGACGACGACGACGACAAUUCCGACGCGCACAGCACGGCGGGCUUCGCGUCCAAGAGCUGCGGGCUGUUCUCAACCCGUUGCGUGAAGAGCGCCUUGCUGCUAUCCCGCGUCGCGCGGCGAGGUGCAGGCACACCGUUCCAGUCCAACGGCGACGGAAGCCAAAGAGAAAAGAAGCCAAUGCUGCCGCCGCGCUCGCGUAACGGGCAGCGGCGACUUCUGCAUACCGGAGACGAUCACGGCAUGAUCUCACAGCAAUCCUGGGAGGAAGUGUACAUCAAAUCACUGCUCCGAUCAUCAGGCCCCGGCGGCCUGAUGGGACCGGCGGCCGCCGUGGCCUCGGAGCUGGACAGAACAGUGCGCGAACUGUACAAACGCCGAGACGGGCGAGCCGUCCGCCCGAAGGCGAGCCAUCUGGGUUUGCUCCUGGUCCUCGACAGGUCAAACGAGGCUUGCGGCCACGUCUUGCCGGUGCGAAAGCUCUCCAGAACCGGCGACACCGCGUUGCUUCUGACGGCUACUACCAAAAGCUCGCCGGACGGCGACAAGCAGCUGGGGCGUGAGCACGCGGCCGCCGAUGCUGGCGGCGGCGGGUACGGUUUCCCGCUGCUUCUGGAAGACAAGGAGGCCGUUGCCGGACGUGAGAUGGCGCUGUCGCCGCAGCCGCUGCUCCCGUUGCCGCUGCCCAAGUCGCCUACGGAGUCGUGGCUCUCGCGCGCGCUGCCUUCCGUGUCCACUCGACCCCCGGCGACGUCUUUUCUGGGACUCCAUGUGCAGCCCAAGAAACGUGCUCCGUUGCCGCGGUGCUCCUCCAUUGAUUCGAGCAGGGACGUCCAUCAUGACAGGCAACGGCAAAUUCGCGUGCGCGACCUACUGAAAUGA